CGGCCACAGCGAAGACUGCAGCCAAAGCCACCGCCGUCUUAUCCGUGUUCGCGCACAGAUUGACCGGUGCGAUUGUACGCUCGACGCGUUCAUUUCCCUUGGCUAGAAAGCUCGCCUCAAGCUGUACCAUACGUGCCCUUCAUGCCUGAUAUCCAUUCACUCAGCCCUGUCCUCCACUCCACGCAACAAGCUACCCAACCUUAAGUUUUACAGCUUCCAUAUAUAUAUACUGUUCCUUGCAAAAAGACCAACAUAUAUAUCCUUUCCUUUCUUUCUCUCGAGACCUGUGCUACAACCCAAGGAAUGAUGGACGACAUAUACGACAACGGCUCUCUCGCGGCGUCCCUAGAGGACUUCGAGCACGAUCGUUCGCCCACCUUCAACCCCUCCCUCAACAACUCCGCCUUCCGCUCCGAAGAAUCAGAACCCGACUCAGACCGCCUGUCCGCUCCAUGGUCACCUCCCGUAUGGCGAAAAGCAAAUAGCGGGUGGAUGCGACAGCACAGGUUCCCACCACCCGGCGCAUCUGUAUCACAUAGCACCAGCCCGCUGUACGAAAGUGCAGGAGAGGGCGACGACACGCUAUUGCCGUCCAAUGUGCCGCUACCGCCAUCGCCGCCAAAGGAGACCCCUGGAGCAAGUCCGGAGAAGAAUGAUUCUGACGGUAUUUACGGACGCCGGGACUUUCCCCAGCCAUUUGGUGGAGGUCAACCGAUGACGGAAAGAGAGAGCUCCGCUGCACCGGAUCACACUGGCAACUAUUUUCGUUUUGCCAUGAGGGCGGAGGUCCAGCAUAGAACAGACCCUUAUGAUGGUGCUGUACUAUGGCUUCGAGACACGUGCUCGAGGAUAUUCAGGACAUGGACCUCAACGCUUACUGCCUGUACGGUCGCCUUCUUGGCCUGGUCGUUGAUGCGAUCGUUGCUGUCGACGCCGACACCUCUGCCGACGCCGGACAUGCUCAAAGCAACCCAAAUAGCAAGGACCUUUGAGCCUCUCAUUUAUUAUUCGGAAAGUGGAUCGCAGCACAUCAGCGACAUACAAGAUACAAGUGUCGCCGUCUGGGACCUAAGUGAGAGCGUGCGAUCGUCGAAUUUCACAUCAGCUCCCAUCAUAGUCAAGCAACUUGACGAGUUGAGCGAAAGCUUCAAGAAUCUUGCCGUGGUGCUCACAAGCUUCUUCUCCAAUGUCGAAGGCGAUAUCGACUCCAUUCUCAUAGUGAUGGAAUGGUCGAAACGACAUCUUCAGACCAUUGACACAACUCCCGCAGGUUCGAUAAGCUCACUCCUCGAUAACUUGCACGGAAUGCUGUCGCGAAUCGGACUCCUCGAGACAUCGUCGGGUCCUACCCCCUUAGGCUACCUCGUCAAGUUCACACUUGGCGAAACGUCAUCCCAGCGAAAUGCAGCCACACUCCGACGCACCUUUAACGAGUUCCUGAACGUGCUUGAGGAUGCAAUCAAUAAUGAAUUGCAAAUGACGCUCAAAGUCUUUGGAGAAUUCAACCGUAUCGACACUCAGCUCCUCAACAUUCAACGCACCGUCAUCCGUGAGACAGAUCAGCAGGAACGCGAAGAGGGCGAAAUGCUCUCCUCGUUGUGGACACGCCUGAUCGGAACGCGUGCGACUGAGCUCCGCAAGUUUGAAAAGAACAAGAAACUGCUCUCCUCCAUUCGCGAGACUUCCGUGCAGAACAAGCACAUUCUGCUUGAUCAUAACGGGAAGCUCCUGCAGCUGAAGUCGAACUUGGAGGUUCUCCGCAAGAAGCUGGUCAGUCCUCUCGUGAGGAGCAACGAUAGCAGUGCACUUAGUGUCGAGGAGCAGAUUGCAGGUUUAGAUGACACGUAUCUCCAUCUCAAGGCCGUAAGGGAAAGGCAGAGGCAGAAGACAUUGGAGAACCUUUAUGCGAGCGCCGCGAGGAGGGUGCACCUCAAAAGCGGAGCUAACGGGAUUGAUGCCACCGCGUCAGGGGGGGAAAUAGGUGCAGCGUGAUUCUGAGUCGUCCC